CACUCUGUUUUCUUUUGUUUUGUUCUUCUUUUCCAUUUCCUUUUUCUGUUUUUUGUUUUGUUUUCUUUGAUUCAAUCUCCACUCAAGGUUAGCAUUCGUGGAAGUCUCCCUCUCAUGGUGCGGUCCGUGUGGAUUUUAUCGAUCGUAAGUUUUGUUUUUCUUCUUCGGUGCGGAAUCGGUGCAGGUUCAACGCAAGAGGGGAUAGAUCAGCAGUCGUUGGCAUGGAUUGGUAACUACGGGCAGAGAUCGAUAGCCGCUCGAGUGGAUCAGCAGCCACGGGCGGAGAUCGACAGUUGCUGACGUGGAUCGGCGGCUGUGGGUAGAGAUGGACAGUUGUUGGUGUGGAUUGGCAAUCACUAGUAGGGACCGGCAAAAGACAUGCAGAAAAGCUAAUCUUCUUCGGUCAAUCUUGGAGUCUUUUUUUUCCACUUGAAAACCAUCGAUGCCUCUUCAAGUAGUUUUCCAUUCUCAAAUGUGAAGGGAUUUUGCUCUGAUUUUGUUUACAGAUUAUGUUUAGAAUCCUCCAAAUUUGAGUUAUAGAUUAUAGCUCGGAUAAGUGAGGAUAACUUUUAAAUCGCUGCCAAAUAACAUUAAACCAUUUAUUUACAA